GAUUAAAACGAGUGAAAUAUCCUUUUCUGAUCUGCGGAGUUUGUUUCUAACCAAGUCGCCAAGCUGCAAAAAUAAACAGCGCCAUCUCUCGAUGAGAAAUGAAUAUGGCAACAUGGCGAUUACCGUACUCUCAGUAAGCUUUAGCUAUUUGAAUGAAUUGCUAGGAAAAGAGAAGACUGUAUAAAUCUCCUACUCUUUACAGGGACAACAGAAAUAUUUUUGUCGAAGCUAGAGAAAAUUCCUUUUGUGUUUAGGUACUUCACCAUCUUGAAGCUUGCUAUCCAGCAGUGUGAUAUAUAUUGCUGAAGUGGAACUGUACACACUGACUUCAAAAUGUCCUUCUCUGGUGGACGGCCACCGUUUGGUGCGCCAGGAACAUACCCACCAGGCAUGCGGCCACAGUAUUCACAAUUUGGAUCAAUGUCACAAGUGAGGCAAAACGUUAGAAUGUCUGGACUUUUACCAACACCACCAGGGACAGCUGUAUCUACCAACAACCAGUCUUCAAACAGAUCUUCUUCAGUUGUCAAACCUUUUGUUCCUCCUAAGGAAGAAAGGACUGAAGAUUCAAAUAAACCCAAGACAACCGUCUUUGUGGGGAAUAUUUCCGACCGUGCACCAGAUACACUUAUUAGAGGCUUACUUGGUAGAUGUGGUGCGGUGUUGAGCUGGAAGAGAGUACAAGGAGCAUCGGGAAAACUACAAGCCUUUGGUUUCUGUGAGUAUGGAGACCCAGAUGCAAGUCUUAGAGCUAUCCGUCUACUUCAUGAACUUGACAUAGGAGAUAAAAAACUUUUGGUUAAAGUUGAUGGCAAAACAAGAACACUUCUUGAUGAAUAUUUACAGAAGAGGGAGGGAGAUCAGGCAUCUGAGCUAGAUGAGUCUACAAUGAGGGAAGAUGCUGAAGUCAGGACUUACAUGCGUAGACUUAUCCAUGAUUACUCUUCACAGCUACAGAGAGCACCAGGAGCACCAGAAGAGAAGCCCUUCCAUGGUGUUCAGAAGCAGAAGCAGACGCAAAAAGAUGAGAAGCAAAAGGCUAAGGAUAAGCUUGAUGACAUGAAUUUAGAGGAAGAGAAGAAAGAUCUCAUAAACCGUGAGAUUGAUCGUUUCAGACAAUCAUAUAAGGAUCAGAGGGAAGCACUAGAACAGAAGGAGACUCCAGAGGAGAAGGAGAAGAGCCGGAGGGAGAGAGAGAAGGAACGAGAGAGGGAUCGGCAGAGGAGAGAACAGAUCAAGGAACGUGAGAGGAGAGACAGGGACAGAGAACGAGACAGACACAGAGAGAGUGAGCGGGAAAGGAUCAGAGAAGAACGAGAACGGGAUGAAAGAGAGAGGUAUGAACGCGACAGAAGCAGAGACUACGAUCGAGACUAUGACCGCGAGCGAGGGAGAGAUCGGGAUCGUGAUCGUGACAGAGAUGGGGAUCGAGAUCGUCUUGAAGAAGAAGAAGAUUAUGAGAAGAGGAAACUUGAACGUAAACUCAGAGAAAAAGAGGAAGCAUAUCAAGAGCGUCUCAGGAAUUGGGAAACGAGAGAACGCAAGAAACAGAGAGAUCAUGAGAAGAUGAUGGAAAAAGAAGAAUCUGAAAGGAGUGAGAUGGAUAAAGAAGGUAAACGUCUCAAAGAAUUCCUUGAAGACUAUGAAGAUGAGAGAGAUGACCCCAAAUAUUACAAGGGUAGUGCCCUAGAGAGACGGCGGAAAGAACGUGAAAAGGAAGAAGACAGCGACAAUCGGGAUAGGAGAAGGGAACGAGAGGAAAUUGAAGAUAUCAAACGAAGACUGAUGGAAGAAGGAGGGGAAGAUCUAGAUGCUGAAAUAGAAAAGUUGGAAAUAGAGCGAGAGAAACACAAGCAACCACAGCUUGACAAACUUUUAACACCAAGGGCGCUACAGAUCAAACAGGAGCAACCACCCACCUUGAAAUCAACAUUUGAACCAGCUGAUGCACCCAUGCCACCAGAGAACAAUCAGGGACCCCAUACUCCAGCUAGUAGCAGUGAUGAUGAUGAUGGUGGAGGAGGGUUUGAAGCCAUCCCUGAUCAUUCCAGCCAAUCAUCAGAAGAUGAUUCAGCAGCUGCUAAAGCUCAGCAGUUAGGAUUCGGACGAAUUAAACUAGGUGCCCAAGACUCCCCUCAAGCCAACUCCAAUACAGAGGGUCACCAGAGGCCUUUGGUUACAGCGCAGGUUGGCAGCAAGCGCAAGAAGUUAACAGUAGGAGAUGUAUUCAAUCAGGAGGAAACAGCGGAUGCUGCAGGGAAGAAGAAACGCAAGCUGGUCCCUAUUGAGUACUCAGAGGAAGAGAUGAUGGCUGUGGGACAGUCACAAAUGAUAGCUAAUGCAGCAGAAGAGAAGCGAAAGACCAUCAAGAACCUUAUUGAGAAGAUUCCUACAGCCAAAGAAGAACUCUUUGCGUACAAGGUGGACUGGGCAAUAGUAGAUGAGUCUUUGAUGGAUCGUCGUAUCAAACCUUGGAUCAAUAAGAAGAUUGUUGAAUACAUCGGUGAGGAGGAGCCUACUCUGACAGAGUUCAUCUGUUCUAAGCUACUAUUACACAGCAAUGCAGAGAGCAUUCUCAAUGACAUUACCAUGGUGUUGGAUGAAGAAGCAGAAGUCUUCGUGGUCAAGAUGUGGAGAUUGCUUAUAUAUGAGGUUGAGGCCAAGAAACAUGGACUUGUCAAAUGAUAUUCCGUAUUACAUCUGAAAUGUAGUGGACUUUAUACAUCAAAAUGAAUGGCCAAUUGAAUCUCAGAAACACUUAUAUCUCAUGUUGUUGAUUUUUUUUCUUCUCAUUUCUGUUUUUGUUGGAAGUGGACUAAUUCCUUUGUGUUAAAGUCAACAUUGUCUUUGAGUUUCCAUGGAAAGGAAUUAUAAUUGGAUGACACCAGACUCUACGAAAAGCCAUGAAUAGCCCUGUAACACGGCUAAAUAUUUUAGACUUAGCUAAUUAUACUGUAUGAUCAAAUCAGUCGCAGACAUUCCUUUGAAUGAUACUGGAAACAAGGAAUGAUGAGAUGAUGACUCUGCUAUGUGAGGCAAGGACAUAAAGUGGAAUGCGAGAGUGUCUUCAGGAGAGAGCAUACUUUUAAGAAGAGAUGUCAAGAAUCUCAUAUUUUGUCAUUGCACAAUCAUAGUAGGAAGUCACCAGGAAACAGCUCGUAUAUGCCUUUAAUGCCACAGUCAUCACAGUGACUCAGAUUGAUAAAAGCUAUUAUGUCAUACCCAGUGACUUACCAUUACUCGGUCUGAAGUAGGUUUCAUUGGUAUAACUGCAGCAUUAAAUUCAUCACAGGUCAAUACUGGAAUUUGGUAUUCAACAUUUUCUGAUCGAAUUGUUCUUUUUACUUUUUUAUUAUUUUCUUCUGGCAGACAGCAAAAGACAGUAAUACCUUGGACUAUUGGGUGGGCUUUGUCUUCAUAUAACUACCGUAUUAAUUCUUUAUAGGUAUUCUAUAUCAGUAGCCAAUCUACUUAUUAUUAGGGUAUUGUGCGAAGUUGAAUUGAAUAAAUCUGUGUCAAAUAUAGUAAUUUAUACAAUUUUUUUUCCAUACAGCAGUCUUCAUGAAUGUUUUUCAAAAUAUUUAUAUGGACGAGUUGUGUACAUUCUAACUAUUGGAAGAAAACAAUUUCCCAUGUAAUGUGAAUGUAUGAAUGAAAUUAUUUGAUAAAGCUGCAUCAUCAACCUGAUCUUAUUACCAUUUUUGGGCAGUUGCAGAAAUAGUCGCAAUCAAGCAACAUGGUUUUCAACCACUCAGAAGUGCUCAUUGGGGACAUGCGUUUGAUGUUUGAAUUGUGUUCAGUUCUUAUUCUUCUAUGGGCCCAAUAUCACUUUGCAAAUCUGACCUCUCCAGUAUUCUAUGUAUCACUGAAUACUUGUAGGUGGACAUUGUGUAUUCCAUUAAUAUUCUUAAUGAUGUGAUUCUUUGAAAUAUUUCAUUUACAUUGUUUUAUUCCGUACUCACUGUAAAGUCUGGAAGGUUUGUCCAUUACUUGACUUGCAUUGGUUUUGGUGGUUUUUUUUAGUUGUUUUCAUCUUGGGAGCGUUUCAUGAAAGGACUUGUCAGAUGUUUUCUCCGACAAGUCCUGUUUUAUGAUUUAUCUGACAGUUCACAUAGUAACAGUGCUUCGCAGUCGAUCAAAAACAAUGAAAGUUGCUAGAUCUGACAACUUGUAAGACAACAAAUAUUGAUGGAAUGCUCCUCAGACAACUUGUUGGGCAAAAAUGUUGAUAAAAUGCUCCCUAUUUUAAGUAAUAUAUACCACUGAGAUAAUUUAAGAACUUGUCAGUCAAUGCUUGAAUGUGUAGGAUUUGAUAGUCAUCAAUCCACAAGCAAAGGGAACAUGCUCUCUCAAAAUCAUCUAAUUUUCAAAAAAUCAAAGAUGGACUUACUAUUGUUUUAUUUACAAUGAAUUUAAUUCUAACCUACAUGCACAUUUAACUUAACCAUGACUAUGUCUUGUGAUGUCUUAAAAAAAAUUGUACUCCACCUCUAUUUGAGCCAUUUUUAGAAAGGGAAAUAUGCAGAUUAAACUAUUGAGGUAUCUUACUCAUAAGCAGCUUUCUUUAUCCACUUACAUUCUGUCAGAAAGUUAGUUUAUAUUCUAUAUCUGCCUUGAUGCAAAUUAGAUGACAAGAUAAAAACAGGAUAUAAUGUUGGUGAACAGUUUGGUAAUGGAGCAGUACUGGCUCUUGAGAAUUUCCUUGUUUGAGGUGGCAGGUAUGUUGUCCAUAUCGCUGUGGGUGUGGCAAGAGCUGUAGUACUUGCUGUAUAAUUAUGAACCAAACAUGUAAUGCAGCUGUUCGUAGAGGUAUGCAUUCUAUAAAAACCAUAAAUUCCACUUGUGUUUUGUUAUUGUGAUAAAAAAGUGCAGCAUUACAGAAAUAUACUUCAUGAAUAUUGAUCUAUAUUCAGUAAUAAUCUUGUUGAGUACUGACUUAUCUGGUGGAGUAUGAUACUACAACAAGACCUUGGAUUAAUGUUAUCUGUAUGAUUUCUUUUAAACUAGCAGUUGUUAUAAGCUACUGAAAUCCUUGCCUUUCAUUGGCUUAGAGCAGACUUGUUGAUUAAAAUGACAGACAAUACACUCCAUGGGAUGGGGUCCUCUAUCUGGUGUCUUCUAAAAUAUGUAUAUUUUGUUCACUUAACGUGUGUACCAAUCAACAACAAGGUGUAAAAGAUGGUACAUGAUGUUCAUCUCAUGAUACGUGUCAAGCAUCCUGUAUUAUAGUCAAUUCAGUUUCUUUUGAUAAUCAAUAAAAUAUUGAAUGCUUUGA